AAAAAAAAGAAAAAUAAAGAGGAGAGAGAAGUAGAGAGAGAGAGUGGGGAGAGAUGAGUGUAUCAAUUGGGCAAACUCCAUUGAUUCGAGUGGUCUCACACUCACUACAUAUAAAUGCCAUUACAGUAACAUCGCCACAUUCGAUAUCAAAAAGAUUCCCAUUUAUUUUCUCUCUCCACCGCUCUACUACUGCUACUCCGCCGCCCAACCUACGAGCUGUAAGAAGAAGAUCAUCAUCAUCAUCAUCGGCUUCAACAAUGUCCUACGACAGACAACUAGCUGCUGCCAAAAAAGCUGCUUCUCUCGCUUCUCGAUUGUGCCAGAAGGUGCAAAAGGCUUUGUUGCAAUCUGAUGUCCAAUCAAAAUCCGAUAAAAGUCCUGUCACAGUUGCUGAUUACGGUUCACAGGCUCUUGUUAGCCUUGUUUUGGGGAAAGAGUUGCCAUCAUUUCCCUUCUCAUUAGUAGCUGAAGAGGACUCUGAAGACCUACGCAAAGAAGAGUCGAGAGAAACACUGCACCGCAUAACUGAACUUGUGAACGAGACACUUGCUAGUGAUGGAACCAUUGAUAUUUCACCUCUAUCUGAGGAAGAUGUGCUUAAAGCCAUCGAUAAUGGCAAAUCUGAAGGAGGUCCGCACGGUCAGCAUUGGGUUUUGGAUCCAAUUGACGGCACUAAAGGAUUUGUAAGAGGAGAUCAGUAUGCUAUUGCAUUAGGUUUGUUAGAUGAAGGGAAAGUCGUGUUGGGAGUGUUAGCAUGUCCGAAUCUCCCCAUGGCAUCUGACGAAAAAAAAGGCUGCCUUUUUUACGCGCAAAUUGAUGCUGGAACAUAUGUUCAAAGUUUAGAUGGCUCCCCUCCAACAAAGGUACAUGUUAGUACUAUUGAAAACCCUGAAGAAGCGUCCUUCUUUGAAUCUUACGAAGCUGCACACUCGUUGCAUGAAUUAUCUAGCUCCAUUGCCAAGAAACUUGGUGUUAAAGCGCCACCUGUCAGGAUAGAUAGCCAAGCAAAGUAUGGUGCUUUGUCAAGAGGAGAUGGAGCAAUAUAUCUGAGGUUCCCUCACAAAGGUUACCGAGAGAAGAUAUGGGACCAUGCAGCUGGAUACAUGGUCGUUGCAGAAGCUGGAGGUGUGGUGACAGAUGCAGGUGGGAAUCCAUUGGACUUCUCAAAGGGAAGAUAUCUUGAUCUCGACACUGGCAUUAUCGUUACCAACAAGAAACUCAUGCCUGCUCUCUUGAAGGCCGUUCAAGACUCCAUUCACGAGAGAUCUUCAUCUUUGUGAGAUAUUUUAUAUAUCAAUAAUUAGAGGCGAUGGGAUGGUCCAGCUUUAUGUGUCAACACGAGAGUUGUUCGUUUUUUGUUAAAAUUCCUUUUUAGGACAAAGUACAAAUGCACUAGAGGGAUUAACAACUUCUUUCUUACAGAUGUUGUAAUGGUGGAUUGAGACUGCUACAUCAUAUUAUUUCAUCGUGGUGUUGAAACUAAUCUUAAAAGACGAAUUAUAGUCA